CAGUGAACACACACACACACAAUCCGCUGGGCUCCCGGAUAGUGACACUGACACAUACACUUGACCGCUGCUGCACCAUGGUGAAAAUCACGGUUAUCAAGACCAAACCGUACACCGACCAAAAACCCGGAACCAGCGGCUUGAGAAAGCGAGUAACGGUCUUCCAGCAGAACCAGCAUUACGCGGAGAACUUCAUCCAGAGUAUCAUUUCCACGGUUGACCCUGCACAGAGGCAGGAGGGCGCGCUGGUGGUGGGAGGAGAUGGACGCUUUUUCAUGAAAGACGCGAUUCAGCUCAUCAUCCAGAUCGCUGCUGCUAAUGGGAUCAGCAGGCUAGUUAUUGGUCAGGAUGGGAUUAUGUCAACACCUGCUGUUUCCUGUGUGAUCCGUAAAAUCAAAGCCAUCGGCGGGAUCAUCCUGACAGCCAGUCACAAUCCUGGUGGCCCAAAUGGAGACUUUGGCAUCAAGUUCAACAUAUCCAGUGGAGGUCCUGCACCAGAGGGCAUCACAGACAAAAUCUUUCAAAUCAGCAAGAGCCUCCAGGAAUAUCACAUCUGUCCUGAGCUCAAGGUGGACCUCUCCACAAAUGGGAAACAAACCUUUGAGGUGGACACCUUCAAGCCCUUUACUGUUGAAAUCGUGGACUCUGUGGAAUCCUAUGCAGAAAUGCUUAGAGAUAUCUUUGAUUUUGCUGCUCUGAAGGAAUUGCUCUCAGGACCCAAUCAUAUCAAUGUGCGACUUGAUGCAAUGCAUGGAGUGGUGGGUCCAUAUGUGAAGAAGAUUGUGUGUGAAGAGCUUGGUUCUCCUGCUAACUCUGCUGUGAAUUGCGUCCCUUCUGAGGAUUUUGGGGGCCACCAUCCAGACCCCAAUUUAACAUAUGCUGCUGACCUGGUCAACGCCAUGAAGGGAGGGGAAUAUGACUUUGGAGCAGCAUUUGAUGGUGAUGGUGAUCGUAACAUGGUUUUGGGUAAGCAUGGGUUCUUUGUAAACCCCUCUGACUCUGUGGCAGUCAUUGGUGCCAACAUUACAUCCAUCCCGUACUUCCAGAAGACUGGCGUGAAGGGUCUGGCUCGCAGUAUGCCCACCAGCGGGGCUUUGGACAAUGUGGCCAAAGCUCUGAAGAUGCCGCUUUAUGAAACCCCCACAGGCUGGAAAUUCUUUGGAAACUUGAUGGAUGCUGGCAAGUUAUCGCUGUGCGGUGAAGAAAGUUUUGGUACUGGUUCUGAUCACAUCCGGGAGAAAGACGGUCUGUGGGCAGUUCUUGCGUGGCUCUCAAUACUGGCUACCCGCAAACAGAGUGUAGAGGAUAUUAUGAAAGACCACUGGCAGAAGUUUGGACGCAACUUUUUCACAAGGUAUGACUAUGAAGAGGUGGACUCUGAUGCUGCCAAUAAGAUGAUUGAUCACUUACAGACCACAAUGUUCGAUAAAGCCUUUGUAGGGCAGACAUUCACCUCGGGGGAUAAAACGUAUCAAGUGGAGAAGGCUGAUAACUUUGAGUACACAGACCCUGUGGACGGCAGUGUUUCUAAAGGACAGGGCUUGAGGAUCAUCUUUUCUGAUGGCUCACGGAUCAUCUUCCGUCUCAGCGGGACAGGGAGUGCAGGGGCAACUAUCAGACUUUACAUUGACAGCUAUGAGAAAGACCCUCAGAAAAUCUACCAGGACCCACAGGUCAUGUUGGCUCCUCUGGUGGACAUCGCAUUAAAGAUCUCUCAGCUCCAGGAAAAAAUGGGUCGAGCCGCUCCAACUGUGAUCACAUAAUUAUUCUCCCAAAUUCACUUAAUCCAGCCCAAACUAGCCCUCACUGUAUCGAGUAAUGCCUUACUUUAUUUUCACUUCAGUUUCAUGCCCCAGUCAUCAAGUGUUCAGUGUGUCUAGAUUGUGUCACGUUUACGGUGCUCCACGUGUACAAACAAAGAUCUAUAUCUUUUAUGAAUAGAGAAAAUAUAAAAUAGAGAUUAUAAAAUCAA